CCCCGCCCCGGAGCUAUGGCGCUGUGCGACGCGGUGGCCCGCGGCAGCCCUCUGCUGUGGCCUCGGGUGUUGCUCUUCGGAGACUCCAUCACCCAGGGUGCUGCGAAGCGUAGCUGUAGUAACCCCUGAAGUGACCUCUGGGCAAAGCAAAUGGAGGCCCAGCCUGGGAGCGCGAAGAGGAAACCAGAUGCCUCUUACUGAAAUGUCCGGAGUACGUUGAUGAGGAGUAAUGGGCUUUUCUUCUCAGUUUUCUUUCCAGCAGGGUGGAUGGGGAGCAUCGCUGGCUGACAAGCUGGUCAGAAAAUGUGAUGUUCUGAAUCGUGGAUUUUCAGGUUAUAAUACCAGAUGGGCCAAAAUUAUCCUUCCAAGCUUAAUCAGGGAAGGGAACAGUUUGGACACCCCAGUAGCAGUUACGAUUUUCUUUGGUGCCAAUGACAGUGCACUAAAAGAUGAGAAUCCCAAGCAGCACAUCCCCCUGCGCGAGUACAGUGGGAACCUAAAGAGCAUGGUGCAGUACCUGAGGUCUGUGGGCGUCCCUGAGCACAGGAUCGUCCUCAUCACGCCACCCCCACUCUGUGAGGCAGCUUGGGAAAAGGAGUGCCUCACGCUAGGUUGCAAACUAAAUCGCCUGAACUCAGUUGUUGGCGAAUAUGCCAGUGCCUGUUUACAAGUAGCCCAAGACUGUGGGACUGAUGCCCUUGACCUGUGGACCCUCAUGCAGAAGGACAGGCAGGACGUUUCAUCCUACUUAUCAGAUGGACUACACUUAUCACCAAAGGGAAAUGAGUUUUUGUUCUCCCAUCUAUGGCCUUUGAUAGAGAAGAAAGUGUCUUCCCUGCCUUUGCUGCUCCCUUACUGGCGAGACAUACCAGAAGCAGGACCGGAACUGAGUCUUCUGGGAGACGGGGAUCAUUAGUCAGAGAAAACCAAGUCUGGCUGUUAAUUUAUAAAAUGGGAAGUCGCCAGUCAACAAAGAUCCCAAGAUAGAUGAUCAAAGAUUUUUUUUUUCUCAAGCUUAAGUCUUUGCUCAUGACCCUAGAACAAAAAAAACACUAGUAUUUCUUAACAUUAAUAAAAGCAUUAGAAUUUUUCAGGGAA